GUUAUUCAUCUGGACUGUGGAUCACCCUGCGAACACAGGUGACAGCCCAAAUGCGUAUCCUUGCCGGUUUAUUGUUAGGGUCCAGCGUCGCGCUUGCAGCGCUGACCCUGUUACGGGUCCGUGCUCGCCGUGACCAGUCGUGGCACUCUGGAUUGCCCGUCUUCACGUUGAAGAAUGUCAACGGGAUGGAGGUGCAAAUCUCGGCUUUCGGUGCAGCUAUCCUUAAUAUUCUCGUUCCUGACAAGAAAGGGAACAGGGCCGAUGUUGUCCUGGGCUAUGAUACUGUUCAAGAGUAUGAGACCACCACCCCCUGUACCUACUUCGGUGUGGUGGUUGGUCGGGUAGCCAACCGAAUCGCCAACGCCCGGUUCACCUUGGAGGGGACGGAGUACCGCCUGCUGGCCAACGAUGGGCCCAACUGCCUGCAUGGCGGCUUGAAGGGACUACACAAGCGAGUGUGGGAGGGACGACUUAUCCGGGGAGCUGACUAUGAUGCCGUACAGCUGCACUACGACAGCCCCGAGGGAGAGGAGGGCUUCCCCGGCACGCUGCAUGUGAGCGUUACAUACCGCCUGACUCGUAACGCCAACGAGCUCACCACGAGCAUCGUGGCCACCUCGGACGAGGCCACGCCAGUCAACAUUGCACAGCACUCUUACCUCAACUUGGGCGGCCACGCCUCCGGCCCGGUGUUGAGCCACCUGUUGCGUCUGCACGGCGCCGACCACUACACUCCGGUGUCGCCUUCGCUCAUACCCACGGGGGAGAUUGCGCCGGUGGCGGGCACCCCCUUCGACUUCACCGCCGCGGAGCCGGGGAGCGCCCUGCCGGCUCACUCCAUCGGCAGCCGUAUCGACGAGGUUCCUGGUGCAGCGCCUGGAGGGUACGACCACAACUAUGUGCUGUUCGGCAUGGGGCCACAGGUGGGUGGUGGUGGAUGGCCCAAGCUCGCCGCCACGUUGGUUGACCCGGUCAGCGGUCGGGCCAUGGACCUGUUCACCACUGCACCUGGGGUGCAGUUUUACUCGGGCAACUUCCUCGACGGCACGAUCGUGGGCAAGGGCGGUGUCAAGUACGGCAAACACGCAGGUCUUUGCCUCGAGACACAGGGCUUCCCCAACGCGGUCAACGAGCCGGCCUUCCCCAGCGUCGUGCUGCGACCGCAGGAUACCUACCGCCACGAGCUCGUCUACCGCUUCUACAAUGUUUGAAGACCCUUCCUUCCUCUCUGCCCAGGUGCCGCUCCCCUAGAUUUUGGACCGAAAAAACAUUUCUCUCUAUGACGUUUGCGGAUGAGGGGUGCCGCUCAAAGGGAGAAUAUGGGAGAGUACAAACACACACACGUUUACCAUGGGAGCUCCGGAGCGGAGGUUAAGGAAAGGGAAGGAAAUUACUUUCACUUGGCGGAGGCAUAGAGGUGUUGAAAGGGCGGCGUAAUCGUUGUCCUGGAGGGAUAUCUGUCACAUGCAGGGAUAUCCCGCUUGGGAAAAAGAGUGUGAAGUAUACAUAAGCGGCAGCGAGUGCGCUUUUUUUAGUAGGAGCAAAGGUGAACUAUGCGUAAAUUGAAUAAAUUCGUUGUUCUAUGUUGGUUCUAUGUGCGUUUUUUCCUACGGUUAGACUUGCAUACCAUCGCGAAACGGGUUGGCACUGCCCUGUACGGUCAGCUCAGGCAAUUGUUAUUUUCUGUUUUGUUGUUAGAUACGCUCUUUUUCUCUUAAGGUGUCAGAAGGGGUGAGCUAAUAGUUGCGGUUUUGGUUGCCACUGGUGACGCGAAUGACCUCCCGCCCGUCUUUACUGUCCUAACGUGUC